UCCUUUCUAUGUCUCUCUCUUUAUAUAUAUACAUGUACAUAGAAGACAAUUCAUCAAGUUGAGGACGUUUUGUCUCUGCAUUUAUGAGAAGAAAGUAAGAACAAGAAGCUUAUGGAGUCUUCUCCUUCUAUAUAUAAUCUAUAAAGCAGAUUCAUCAUCUCUUAGAUCAGAUCAAAUCAAUUAUCUCAGAAAAUGGGGAGACCACCAUGUUGUGAGAAAUAUGGGAUUAAGAAAGGACCUUGGACUCCUGAGGAAGAUAUCAUCUUAGUUUCUUAUAUUCAACAACAUGGUCCUGGAAAUUGGAGAUCAGUUCCUACCAAUACUGGUUUGAUGAGAUGCAGUAAAAGCUGCAGACUUAGAUGGACAAACUAUCUUCGUCCCGGUAUCAAACGAGGUAACUUCACAGAUCAUGAAGAGAAAAUGAUUCUUCAUCUUCAAGCUCUUCUAGGCAACAGAUGGGCGGCGAUAGCUUCGUAUCUUCCACAAAGGACGGAUAAUGAUAUAAAAAACUAUUGGAAUACACAUUUAAAGAAGAAGAUGAACAAAGAUCAAGGUAAUGAUAAUCAUGAAGAUGUUGAUUCGGAAGGAAAAGCUCGGUCACAGCCGCUAAAGGGUCAAUGGGAGAGAAGGCUACAAACAGAUAUUCAAAUGGCCAAACAAGCCUUAUCUGAGGCUUUAUCCCUUCCACAAAACCCAACAACUUUUCCUCAUGAGAUGAAACCCUCAUCAAGUUUUUGUCAUGAAAAUCAUCCACCAAAUUCUCAUUUUAAUAUUCCAUCUCCAUAUGCAUCAAGCUAUGAAAAUAUAUCUAGAUUGAUGGAAAACUGGAUGAAAACACCUAACUCGUCAGCUGAGACACUUUCCUCAUCAAUAUUCAGCAACAACAUGCACGUUACUACCACUGCGGGAUCAAGUUCUAGUGAAGGAGCACAAAGCACAACACAAGAUCAUCAUCAUCAUCAACAUCCUCAUCAUCAUGCUUUUGAAUCCAAUUUGUUCAACUUUAGUAACUCCUCCAAAUCUGAUCAUGCAUCUCGAAUUAGGUCAACUUAUGAAGAGAACAGCAGCUUAACAAAAGAGGGUCUAGAUCUCUUCCACCAAGAGAAAAGAAAUAUGGAAACAAAUGUCCCUCUUACUUUGUUGGAAAAAUGGCUAUUCGAAGAUGGGGUAACAACAACUCAUCAUGAAUGCAAUGAAGAUCUUAUAAACAUGUCAUUGGAGGAAAGUACUUCAGAUUUCUUUUAGAAAUUGCAGGUUCUUGCAAAAGGAGUCUAUUGAUGGCACCGUCAUUUUAAUUAUAAUUACAAACAAGAAAGGUUGUACAUUAGUACUUUUGUAUUGUAUUAAUUAGCCAUGUUAUGUAGUACCAAUUAAUAAUUAAGUUUAAUGUGUGUUUUUUAUAUUAAUUACUUUA